AUGAAUAUAGAAGAAUUAGGUGAUUCAUACUUAUCAGACAGCGGUGAAGUUAGAAGGGGAGAAUUGGUUUCAGCACUCCAGAAAGGAGACAUUUCCACCGUUAAGAGGUUGGUAGAAGAAGGUGUUCUGGAAGAGUAUUACCACGGAAUAUACGAAAAGAGGGAAAUGAGCACCCUAAAGAAAAUUAAAGAAAAAGUAGCUGUUCUUUCUAUCUUACUCCAAUUACAAUUGGUAUCUAUACCUCCUAACAGUUACAUUACCAGACAUAAUUCUAACAAACGAGUGUUCAAUGUUACUUUGAUCCCAGGAACUGAUCUCUCGGUAAGAGUUCAUGUCAACCUGACGGCAGUGAAGGAUGAAAUCCUCGCCAAGGAAGGAAACGCACCCUUACAUCACAUCUGCUCCUUGCCGGACGUUGACCCUGAGGUUGUCAAGAUCUUUCUUGAUUUCGGCACCAUCGAAAUCGAUACUUGGGACGAGCAGAAUCACAUAACCGCAUUGAUAAUUGCUUCAGCUCGUGGAAACCUAGAGGUAGUGAAGUUCCUCGUCGAAAACGGAGCUGACAUCAAUAAUUCCGUUCCGAAAUCAUUGGAUCCUGACGGAAGAAUAGACCAUCUUUAUGAUUAUAUUAAAAUAUUUACAAGAAAACCUCUUUUCGUUUCGGAAAUUAAUGUUCCCAUCUCAGCAGUUGUAGCAGCUGCUUACGAAAACCAACCCGAUGUCCUUAGGUAUUUGUUAGAGAACGGUGGUUAUGUAAACAACAAAGGUCAGGCAUGGUUUGUCCUUUUCAGGCCUUCUUAUAAAGGGCAAAUAGAAGUGGUUGAAAUUUUACUUAAAAAUGGAAUCGAUGUAAACAGUAAGGGUCCGUUUGGAUCAACAACACUGCAUCGAGUAGCUGAAACUGGUAAUAUAGAAAUGGCCAAGCUUCUCUUGAUGUACGGUGCGGACUCGAACUUGACAAACAAUUUCGGUUGGAAUCCACUGCACGUUUCAGUUUUAUUCGAAGUUAAUACUAAGAAACCAUUUGUCGAGUUCUUACUUGAUACUGGAUGUGAUGUCAACGCACUAACUGAUGGAGGAUUUUCGCCUCUCAACUUAGUGGAAGCAGGAAUUAAUCUCAGUUUUUUGGGUUAUCUUAUGAAAAAUUCCAACUCUUUCAAAUUCGACAAACACAGGAAUCACGAGCUGGCGGAAUCUGAACAUCAUGGAGGCCACGCUGAAACUUUGCAACUUUUGCUCAAUCGCGGAGCCGAUCUGGACCACCAAGACAAUAUUUUGGGAUGGACUGCAUUGCAUUGGGCUGCCGCUAAUGGAGACCUGAUUGGUGCAAAAUUGCUCGUUGAGGAGUAUGGAGCAGCAACUACAAUUAAGUCUAAGAUUGGCAUGACUCCUUUCAGGACGGCUAAGCAUUUCGGAAGAGACGCUGUUUCUGAAUAUCUCAACACAGGAAGGAACCUAGUUGAGUGA